UUCAUAUCUAUGUGCUGUGGUCUCUCCGCUCUGAUUUGACCAUGAAGAGCCGGUAACACGACACUGUGAGAGGAGCACACUGAGCUGACAGUCAGUCUGAAGAGGAAUGACAAGCUGUGGAGCCCUGGACACAUUCAGGAGGUGCGUGUCAUCUUGCUCAUGCAAUAACAGUAUCAUGGCAGCCUUCAAAGGUGUGUGGACUCAGGAAUUCUGGCGGGCGGUUUCCGGAGAGUUUUUGGCCAUGAUAAUAUUCGUGCUGCUCAGUCUGGGAUCCACCAUCAACUGGGGAGCAAAACAGGAGAACCCUCCACCUGCCGACCUCGUCCUCAUCUCCCUAUGCUUUGGCUUGUCCAUCGCAACCCUCGUCCAGUGUUUUGGGCACAUCAGCGGGGCCCACAUCAACCCGGCUGUUACUGUGGCAAUGGUUGCUACACGGAAGCUGAGUCUGGCGAAGGGUGUGUUUUAUUUGUUGGCACAGUGUUUGGGGGCAGUGGUGGGAGCAGCCAUCUUGUAUGGAGUGACACCGGCGUCAGUGAGAGGAGGAAUGGGAGUGACGUCUGUUAAUGAAGAGAUCUCCGCUGGUCAUGCUAUUGUGAUAGAGCUCAUCAUCACUUUCGAGCUUGUUUUUACUGUCUUUGCCACCUGUGACCCCAAGCGUAAUGAUCUCAAAGGUUCGGCAGCACUGGCUAUUGGUCUGUCUGUGUGCAUCGGCCAUCUCUUUGCGAUCCCGUACACUGGGGCCAGUAUGAAUCCAGCUCGCUCUUUUGGUCCCGCGGUCAUCAUGGUAAAAUGGCAGGACCAUUGGGUGUACUGGGUGGGUCCUUUAAUAGGAGGAAUCCUGGCUGCAGCUGUAUAUGAAUACCUCUUCUGUCCUGACCCUGACCUAAAGCGCCGCUAUGCUGACGUCCUCUCCAAGAGCCCCUUCCAGAUGGAGCCUUACCGCGUGGUGGACACAGACUCAUACCCCAGCGAUCAGGCUCAGCUCAUGGCCAAGCAGGCGGCACUCAGAGUGCUGGAUCUGGAGAAGAAGGAGCGCGAGUCCACCGGAGAGGUGCUGUCAUCCGUAUGACUAGUGAGAAGCACUGAGGAGGAACAACAAAACACAAUGAAAUACAUCCAUCAGCUCAAAGAGACUGAGCUCAUCUAGACUGCCACACAAUAGCUAUGUUUCCAUCCAAAUUGAGAAAAACACUGAAUGAAAACCGAGAUAAAAAAUCUUUUAAUAUAUUUUCAAUAUAUUUUUUAUUUUUACGAAACACAUUAAUAAAUUCCUUGACGUGCUUGAAAAAGGUUGUGUGAUUUUGCCUUAGAUGUGAUUGUAUAACUAGGCAAACCAGUGAACCAAUCUCAUCUCACACCAUCUUCUCAGUGGUUUUCAGAAAGCCGCGGUCAUGCUGCACUUUUUACCAAAUAGACUUCAAUUCAUACGCAUGUGAAUGCGACAGACUGGAAACACAAGCUCAUGCGACAGGUUUCGCAUGUCGCUGCUUUGCAAAGUUCAAGCUUGGGGAACUCUGACCUGCGAAAUCGAAUCACGUGACUGUGUGAGACCAAUUAAAGAUCAAAACAUGACCUUUUAAUUUUAAAUAUGGAGCAAUUAACGUCUAAUCAUUUUGUUUAAUCCCGCCUCUUUACGCAGCACCGUACGACAGAAUUUCGCAAGCUCAAACUCUAGUGUGACAUUAAUUCUGCAUACACACGUGCGGAAAUUCAUCCUCAAAUUAAUUUGUAGAAUUUCCUUCUAGAACUCUAACAUAAGUGUUUCACAAAUAUCAGGCACUGCGUAAAAAAGGCAAGAUAACAUGACCAAAUUUCUUUUUGCAUGUUUCUUCUGCUACUCUUAUAGAUGCAACUUAUUUAAUAUGAAGGAAAGUGAAGUUUUUUAACUAGCUCGAGAGGAGCACACUAAUUAACAGGGCUUUCCUAUCAUCAGCAAUCACACUAUCAUACAAUACUUUUCAAGAAAGAUUGCUCUAAAUAAAUUGAAAGUUCUAGCUUCCUUAUCUCUCGAUCCAAACAUCACUCCGCCACCCAAAUUCUGCAUCUUUAACAGACCACUUCCCUUUUCCGGUGGGG